CCCCUUUCCUGUUGGCUUGGACCGAUGAAGUGCAUCGUUGGAGACCGGGGAAACUGAGGUGGUGGCUGGCACUUGGUCCACCAGAGACCUCUCAAUCGCCCCUAUGGCGCUGCCUGGAGCCGAGGGCACGGCAGACGUUCCACUGUCCCCAACCCGUGGAGACUCGGGGUGCUCCUCAGCCGGGAUGUGGACCGCGCUUUAUGACUACGAUGCGCGCGGCGAGGACGAGCUGAGCCUGAGACGCGGCCAGCUGGUGGAGGUGCUGUCCCAGGACGCCGCGGUGUCAGGCGACGAGGGCUGGUGGGCCGGCCAAGUGCAGAGGCGCCUGGGCAUCUUUCCCGCCAGCUACGUGGCGCCUUGUGGCCAGGUGCCGCCGUCUGCGCCGCCCAAGCCGCGUCCCUGCUCACCAUUGCACGUGGACUUCGAGCGCCUGGAGCUCAAGGAGCUGAUCGGUGCUGGAGGCUUCGGCCAGGUGUACCGCGCCACUUGGCAGGGCCAGGAGGUGGCGGUGAAAGAGGCACGUCGGGACUCUGAGCAGGACGCGGCGGCAGCGGCAGAGAGUGUACGGCGAGAGGCGCGGCUCUUCGCCAUGCUGCAGCACCCCAACAUCAUCCAGCUGCGGGGCGUAUGCCUACGGCAGCCGCACCUCUGCCUGGUGCUGGAGUUCGCGCGCGGCGGGGCACUCAACCGCGCGCUGGCAGCCUCCGCACCCGAUCCCCGAGCGCCAGGCCCGCGCCGCGCACGCCGUAUACCCCCGCACGUGCUCGUCAAUUGGGCGGUGCAGAUCGCCCGUGGCAUGCUCUACCUGCACGAAGAGGCUGUGGUGCCUAUUCUGCACCGCGACCUCAAGUCCAGCAACAUUUUGCUGCUGGAGAAGAUAGAACAUGAUGACAUUUGCAACAAGACACUGAAGAUCACGGACUUUGGGCUGGCAAGGGAGUGGCACAGAACUACCAGGAUGAGUGCAGCAGGGACCUAUGCCUGGAUGGCUCCUGAGGUCAUCAGGUCCUCCCUGUUCUCCAAGGGCAGCGACAUCUGGAGCUAUGGGGUGCUGCUGUGGGAGCUGCUCACGGGCGAGGUCCCUUACCGUGGCAUCGAUGGACUGGCUGUGGCAUAUGGGGUGGCCGUCAACAAGCUCACACUGCCCAUUCCGUCCACCUGCCCUGAGCCAUUUGCAAAGCUCAUGAAAGAAUGCUGGGAACAAGACCCUCACAUCCGCCCUUCGUUUGCCUUAAUUCUUCAACAGCUGACUGCGAUUGAAGGGGUGGUGGCCACUGAGAUGCCCCAGGAAUCCUUCCAUUCUAUGCAGGAAGACUGGAAACUGGAGAUUCAGCAAAUGUUCAAUGAGCUUCGAACCAAGGAGAAGGAGCUGCGGUCCCGGGAGGAGGAGCUGAGUCGAGCUGCCCUGCAACAGAAAUCUCAGGAACUGCUGCUCAGACGCCGGGAGCAGCAGCUGGCAGAGCGCGAGAUUGACGUGCUGGAGCGGGAACUGAAUGUCCUCAUCUUCCAGCUGAGCCAAGAGGCGCCACAUGUGAAGAGGAGAAAGGGAAGGUUCAGGAGAGGCCGGCUGAGGGUCAAAGAUGGCCACCGCAUCAGCCUGCCUUCAGAUUUCCAGCACAAGAUCACAGUGCAGGCCUCCCCAACCCUGGACAAGCGCCGGAGCUCGGACAGCAGGCUCUGCAGCCCUCCCAGCAGCCCCUUGAUGCUCCCCCGCCUGCGAGCUAUUCAGUUGACUUCAGAGGACAGCAAUAAAACCUGGGGACGGAAUGUGGUCUUCCGGCAAGAAGACUUCGAAGAUGUGAAAAGGAAUUUCAAGAAAAAAGGUUGUACGUGGGGACCAAGCUCCAUUCAAGUGAAAGAAAGACCAGAGGGCCGAGAGCGGGUCAGGCCUCUCUCGGAUGGCAACAGCCCUUGGUCAUCUCUUUUAAUAAGAAGUCAGAAAACCAUGCCUUUGACUUCAUUGUUUGUGGACCAACCAGGACCUUGUGAAGAGCUGAAACUUGUCCCUGACGUAUUAGAUCAUAGAAAAUCAAAGCAAAUGAAGUUCCCUGGCCAGGCCUAUGUUGGUCUACCUCUUUGCAAAGACAGCCAGAGAGAGCACCCAGGAGAAGCUGAGAGCCAUGAGGAGGGACCCUCUAAAGGCUCCCCAGUGAACAAUGUGGGUGCACCCAUGCUGAGGAAGAAAACAGAGUCUGCGCUGUGUGAGUGUGGGGUGCUGCUGGCAUCGCUGGCUUUGGGACUGGAUGUCAAGAAACUACAUGGAGCCCAGGCCCCCAAAAAACCAUCACCCAAAGAGGAAAAGAAGCGAGAGGACACUCUUCAUUGGGUCUCCAGGUGCCAAGCAAGUACCAGUCCACUUCUGAGACAGCCACCUGCAGUCAGGGCACCUAGUGAUGACCCCUCUCCCCUGCCGCCAAGUGCCACGAGCAUUUUCUCGAAGUCUUCUCUCUCCAUGACAUGUUUGCUGCCUGCUAAUGAGAAGGAGCCAUCUUUGGGGAGGACACAGAACUCUUGUGGUCCCAUGAUGCUCACUCCAGACCCCUCUUCUGCCACCCCAGAAAGUAGCUGUGAACUCAUCCCUGGACCAAUACUUAAAAAUGACUAUGAUGUGUUGAGAAGCAUGUCGCCUGCCCUCUUGGAGCAGACAGGGGAAAACCUGUCAGCCGGUGCCCCUAUAGGAGGCAAAGAAUGCCAUCAUGCAUGGAUGGGAUCCAAAGAAACUCCUUUCCAGCCUCAAAGUGCCCCCAGAGGCUCUGGGCUACCACACUCUGCCUCACCUGGUCCUCGCAAUGGGCUGGCAAGCCAGGACACUCCUGUGCAAUCUCAAAGUGUUCUUGCCAAGCAUCAGGCAUUUCCUGACCCACCACAAAGCCCACACACUGCUUCACCGAGGACAACAUCCCCAGCUGCCUGGGCCUGUGACGUGGGACAUGCAGUACCAGCUCUUGCCGGUCUCCUUGGUGCCCAGGACAGAAGCAGGUUCUGGGCACCUUCUUUGUUGGAUGCCAAUGGGGAAGGUCAGAGCAAGGACUGUGCCAUGCCCUUGUGUAGAGUGAAGAGCGUGGCGUGCCAGCCGUCCAUCUACGCCCUGGGGAAAGACUUUCUGACCUGAGUGCCUUUGCUGUCCCAGCAU